AUGUUCAUUGAAUACGGUGAGUUUGAAUCCAAGGGAAGUGCUUUGCAGCGACAGAUGGAGAACACUGAAGAGCCAGGAUGCCUUAUCCCCAGAAGUACAGCUACCCGCCUGGGUGACCUUAGCCAAGAGGAAUGGAAGGUCAUUGCCAAGAAAGAAUGCCUACCUUCGGAGUUCGUAUCCUGCUUUCAUCUUCUUGGUCUUCCCGCGGACACUAAUCCCGACGAAGAAAGCUCCCCAUACCGAUGUGUCUACAUCGUCAGGCGUGAAUUCCCAGCCAUGAGCUGGGUCGGCCGAGUCGGAGAAGGCGUCAUCUUACUUGAUUGUAUAAAGAGAUCGAAUGGUAACCGAUACCAUAUGAGUGACCUGACCAAGCUUGCUUAUGAAAGAUACUUUCCCCUUGACACCCUAAGGUUUGUGAUUGCGGCUUGUGUUGUUAAUACUGAUAGUACUAUGACUUUAUUCGAGAUCUACCGGUCCCGUGGUAUUUACUAUUUGGACAAUGAUGAGUACACAUGGGAGUCUUCUGCGGCUGAGUUCAGAGCUUUGCUUGGCUGUGGUAUUGGUAAGUGCGUCACCAAUUUUAUCCUAGCUGCUUAUGGUCAAGGUGUCAAGCGUAUAUCACGGAUUGUCACUUGGAGAGAGAGGGGAGAGUUGGAGAUGUUGUUCGCCAUUGAGAAUGUUGUUUAA